UGUACGUGUGUGCGCGAGUAGCAGCCGGGCGUCGUGGUUUCGGUUGGCUGGGAGGAAGAGGAAUAACGAAUGUGGAAGCCAAGAAGAAUUCCUCGUUGGCGAACGGCGCUGGGGCGAGAAGUGUACAAUAUUCAUAGGAUUUCUGAAACCUUUUUACGGACUACACAUGUUUGCUUUGGAAAUUUAAGUUUCCCCACGCAUGCCCUGCUCGGAUAAGAUACGGUAAAAGAUGGAGACGGCUCAUUGCUGAUGCAGUGAAAACAGCUCAAUAAUUCUAGUGUAAUAAGGACAAAAAUACAUUUUUGGAAAAGGUUUGUGAUUCGAGUGGAGUUUAAUCUUUGCUGUGAUUGGUCCAGAGGAUCAGAGACGGCGUGUCAUUUCUCACCAAGGAAAUAAAUGUGGGAGUGGGAGGAAGCAACAGCAGCGUGGAGCUCAUCCAUACCUCCUCCCUGCCAAUAAAUACCAGCCUUCUCGGUCCAGGAUGCUCUCUCCCACACGACCCCUGCUGCCCUCUUCAGCCCUGAGACUUCACUGGGCUCCAUGAACAUGUACAGAGACACAGGGGUGUGUGCCACACCUCUCUCCCAACCCCCUCCCCACCUCCGUCUAACCCUCCACAAUGGCCACUCUUCUAUGGGUGAUCCGAUCCCAUCCCGUGUCUCAGUGCCAAAAAUGGGGGUCCGAGCUCGGAUUGCAGAGUGGCCUCCACGAAGGGCACUGUCACGGGAAUCGCUGCUUGAGAACGGCCAGGGAAGUCAUUAUGACCUCAGUGAUGACGGGCUUACACGUGGGGCCUUGAUCAGAUUCCCCCACCGAGGGGAUAGUGAUUUUCUUGAAUCAGGUGGUCGGUUGGUGAUUCCGGGCACACCCCCAUGCUUUCAGACUCCGGGGUUUGCUCCAUUAGGGCAGCGCUCCAACAGCGAGAUUACACUAAGUGAACAAGAUGAAACAGAAGUCGAAGGCCGUUUAUUCCGGGAAUAUGGCAGUACCUCUUCCAUCAACGUGCAGGCGGUGUCGGAACAAAGCUUUUUUGAUAUGCUCAGCCAGUUUCAACAGGAACGACCAGACCAGCGCAGCACAGCCCCCGCCAAACUUGGAGAGCUACUUGGUGCGCCGACUACUUUAGAUGGACCGACCUCGCAUGCGUUCCUAUCAACUCCACGUCCCGAUGACCGCCCAGAGAAUCGCGUACGCAAGAAGAGCGGCGGCACAGAGUCAUCUCUCGGCACCUCCUCCUUAUUCCGCAAACUCCGCAGCUCCAGCAGAGGUGAAACUGAAACUCCCCGUGGUGACGCCGAUGAUGCUCCAGCCCUAGAAACAUUGUCUUCCAAACCAUGGCUCUGUGUGCACAGUUUUGCCCACUACGAUGCUCAGAGCGUCCUUUUUGACUUGCACGAGGCAGCAGCUUCCCGCAGCUAUGCUGCCCAGCGGAGAAACACAGCCACCGGAGCGUCAGCUGCUUCCUCUGCCGCUUCCUCCGCCGCUGUUUCCUUGGCAGUUUCCAGAGCUCUUGCUCUGGGGGGCGUAGAGCCCAGCUUUUCCAGCACUGAUGACCUCAGUGUCAGAGACCUGUCGGAAAGUUCGACCAUAGUCCUGGAACAGUCAGAGCAGGCUGGUUCACCCAGUUCUAAGCACCAGUUGUUGCUGAGCUGCCCGCACUUUCUCAAUGAGACUGGAAGCUUUGGGGAGCGUAAAGUUAGCUUCCUGAGCUCAUGGGCGGAGCGGGGAGAGUCUGGCGUGGUGGAGGCCAGGCUGCACCCACGUUGCAGUAAUGCCAGUGUGUCUAUACUGGAAGCGUCGCCAGAAGUUCAGGCCUCCAGGUUGGAGAGACUGCAGCAUCACUGCAUUGAGCACGUCGACCUGGGUGCCAGAUACUACCAGGUGCACUUCCAUGGGAAAGAGCACUGGAACUACUUUGGUACUGAUGAGACGCUGGGGCCUGUGGCUUUGAGCAUCCGUAGAGAGAAACUGGACGAUACCAAAGAUUUGAAGGACCAGUAUCAAUACCGCAUCAUCUUCCGCACCAGUGAGAUGGUCACGUUGCGAGGAGCGAUCCUGGAGGACACGGUUCCGUCCUCGGCGAAGCACGGAUCGGUUCGAGGUCUGCCUCUGAAAGAAGUUUUGGAGUAUGUGCUGCCAGAGCUCAGCGUGCCCUGCCUGCGACUGUCCCUCAACACACCCAAGGUCACGGAGCAGAUUCUAAAACUGGACGAGCAGGGGCUCAGUCGGAAACACAAAGUGGGCAUCCUGCUGUGUCGGGCUGGACAGAGCACAGAGGAAGAGAUGUACAACAACGAAGAAGCCACGCCAGCGUUCACCGCCUUCAUGGAGCUGCUGGGAGAAACUGUGUGUCUGAGGGGUUUUAACAAAUAUGCUGCCCAGCUGGAUACCAAAACGGACUCAACUGGAACACACUCUCUGUAUACCACCUAUCAAGACUACGAGAUCAUGUUUCAUGUGUCCACCAUGCUUCCAUACAUGCCCAAUAAUCCUCAACAGCUCCUGAGGAAGAGGCACAUAGGAAAUGAUAUAGUCACUAUUAUAUUCCAGGAGCCUGGAGCUCUUCCGUUUACUCCACAGAAUAUUCGCUCACACUUCCAGCACGUGUUCGUGAUUGUCCGCGUGCACAACCCUUGCUCUGACAACACCUGCUACAGUGUGGCAGUGACACGCAUGAAGGACGUCCCUCCAUUUGGCCCGCCUCUUCCCUCAAACGGCGUGAUGUUUCGUGACCCCGCUGCCUUCCGCGCCUUCCUGCUAGCCAAGAUCAUCAACGCCGAAAACGCCGCACACAAAUCGGAGAAAUUCCACACAAUGGCCACCCGUACGCGCCAAGGGUACCUGCGUGACCUGGCGGAAAACUGCGUUUCCACAACACCGCUGGACACUGCCGGCAAGCUGAACAAUCUCAUCUCUCUGGCUUCCAAACGGAAGGAACGCGUGCGGCCACGAGAGGGGGCAGAGAUGGGUGCCAUGGGGGCGCUUGUUUGGCGUGUGCUUGCGCAGGACUUUAGCGGCGGAGGUGCCGAGCUACCCUGUGUGCUGGCCAUCUCCAAUGAGUAUGUAGUACUGGCGGACUGCUCUACCAAAGAGGUGGUGUUUAAUUGUUUCUGCGCUGACGUGAUUGGCUGGACAGCAGAAAGACUUGCACUGAAGGUUUACUAUGGCAGAGGAGACCACGUGGCCUUACGGGUGCCCGAGGGCAAUGCCCAGGAUAUCAGAGAGGUGGUGCAGAGACUUAAGACAUUGACUGUAGGUUGUGAGACUGUUGAUAUGACGUUACGGCGUAAUGGUUUAGGUCAGCUUGGUUUCCACGUUCGUCUGGACGGAACGGUGUCUGAGGUGGAGGAAUAUGGUUUUGCUUGGCAGGCGGGUCUCCGACAGGGCAGCCGAUUGGUGGAGAUCUGCAAGGUUGCCGCGGUGACGCUCUCCCACGAGCAAAUGAUUGACCUACUGCGGACGUCGGUCACUGUUAAAGUGGUCAUCAUUCCACCUUAUGAAGAGGGAGGGGCCCGCAGGGGCUGCACAGAGGAGUUCGAGAUGAAGAUGAUGGAGCAGAAAGGAGAAGCGGAGCCAGUAGCCGCAGGGUAUCGCAGUGGGCAGCGGACGCCAGUAUGGCGCUGGGACAGCCCCCCUGCGACACACAGCACCGCCCAGCGUUGGACCCCCAGUGGCGCCCCACCUGCGGUCCCCAGUCGAACACACAAAGCGCUGGUUCCUAUUCCAUACAGAGAACCCCAGCACAUCUCAGCGAAACGGCCUGUCAGUUACCCAGAAAACCAGUACAGCGUAUCUCCAAUCGGUGCGGACAGAGGGAUGCCAUAUAGAAAUCCCUCGGCUAGUUUCUCCACUACAGGUUCUGGGUUCAACUCCGCAGCACUGGGGGUGCCAGGACAUAGUGGACCCUUUGUUCGCUAUAAACCCUCUCCAGACAGGUUUGGAUCAGCCCAGAGGUCUCUACAACAGUUUGACCCACAUGUUACGGUUGAUGUGUCAAGUGGAGAAUCGUCAUCUGGCUUCACGAGUCAAGAGAGCACGAUGGAACGCAACAAGUCAGAGCCCAUGUGGCACGUCGCUGCUUCAUCACGAGGUGUGUCGGUGGGGUCAGCUCCAAGAAGACAAAACCGACAGGACGUCGCAGGGAAGGACUCUCCAAACCGCCACUCUAAGGGUGAAACACAUUACUCCAGUCAUUCCAGCAGUAACACCCUCUCCAGCAAUGCCUCCAGCAGUCACAGCGAUGAACGCUGGUUUGAUGGGUUGGGAGGCGGGGCUUCAGGGGCCCUGAGUGAUCCUUUAGAUCCUGAUCCUGACCCCAUGGGGAAGGGAGGCUCCAGUGACAGUGGCAUUGAUGCAUCUCUCUACACGCCCAGCCCCAACACUAAAGGAGGCAAGCCCAGCCGCAGUCGCGUAGGCACUCCCCACAAACCCAUGCACGGCUCUGCUACAUACAGUGGCCUUCAGGAACUGUCGGGAACGGGGGACGGGCGUCGUAGGGAGUCGUCCCCAGUCAUUCCUGCAUCCGCCAGUCAAAGCAAGAACUAUCGCACACGCACGUUUCCCCCUCCGGGAUCAGGCAAUACAGACAACUUCAAACCGAGGGCCUUUACCCCUCAAGGGUAUAAAACCCCUGCGAUGGCAGACAAACCUCGACCAUUCAGAGCUUCAACUGCCACACCCUCAUCUGGCUCCACCCAGCUGUCAAGCUCCGCCCCCAAAUCCUUUACUAAAAGCAAGCAGAGUGCAUGGCAACAGGAGGAGAGCAGUACCGCAUCCAGCACCACAACCACUGACACCAACAAGCAAGUGGACAUGAACAGUAAAAACGUGUUCGGACAGCCUCGAUUACGUGCCUCUCUGAGGGACCUGCGCUCACCACGCAGAGCUCAUAAGAGCACUAUUGAGGACGACUUGAAAAAGCUCAUCAUCAUGGACAACCCCGUAGAGAUGCCAUCACGAGACGCAUCGCCACAUCGGACUCUGCAGCGCACUUUCUCAGAUGAGAGCCUGUGUAGUGGCCGGAGAGACGCUAGUUAUGCAAGCACACCACUUUUUGAAGGACAGGUCCCGCCCAGCGACCUCCUCUUCACAUGCACGCUGCCUACACGGCGCCACAACACCAACCACGGAGCCCUCAUGCCUAGUAAGAAAGUGCCGUUGUCAGCCUCAGAGUUGUCUCUGACUGAGGUGAGGGAUAAGGUUCCACCCCUCAGAAGGCUUGACCCUGGACUCAUGCCUCUUCCUGACACUGCCUGUGGCCUGGAGUGGUCCAGCCUUGUCAAUGCUGCCAAGGCGUAUGAAGGUACGAGUCAAUGCACGUUGCAAAGGGCCGUUUCUUUGUUUUCACUGUCUGAGCCUCACACGGGGGGCAAUGAGUUGAGGCCUGUCAUCAGCCCUGUGCCUUUCCACACGCCACAGACACCUCGCACAACCCCUACUUUCAGCAGCGAAGAAACUUCUAAUAACUUGCCCGGUCGUCUGUAUCAUUUAGAAGUCAUGCUAAAACAACUAAACAACGAUCUGGAAAAAGAGAAACUGGACAAAAAAGUGUUGUUAGCAGAGAUGGCUAAUCUGAAGGAGAAUAACCAGCGUCUGCAUGAAGAAUCUCUCUCGGCCAGUGAACAGCUACGGAAAUUUAGCCAACUCUUGUCCUCUAGCAUGCCCGAGAGGAAGUGACUUCCUCUCUGUGCAAAUGGAGUGAAUUUCAGAAGAUGGAGGAGAUCCUUACGUACCAGUGCUUUGCCUCAUGUGGCGCGUUGUGUGCCAAAAGCUGUUUGAAAUCAUUUUUUAUCACCCAGUUUAUUCACUGUCCCGUUCAACCUCAUCUAAGGCAGACGUCCUCUGGUGAGCAAAAAAGAUCUGCCAGCUUAUCGUAUCUCACAGCUGACGCCACACAUAAAACUGUGAGCUCUAUCAAAGUGUGAUGGAGGGGUUAGAGACGAGAAACUGGAAAAACGUGGGAAAAAACUGAAAGCCGGUACGGAUGUAAAAAGAUCUAUUUUUAAAAAACAAACGUGCGUAAUAAGUCCAACCUUGAAAAGUGCGCGCUCCUCAUCAAAAAUAGCACUAUGAUCUAAUUCCUUUCAGAACUAUUUUCACAUUGUAGAUUUAUUUUUGUAAUCAACCAGUCGACACUUGAGCCGAGCUUAAGACACUAAAAAUCAGAGAGGCCUAUUGCACAGUCAGCUCAACAGCCAAAAAAACAACACUCAUCAGAAAAGCAGACCAACAAAACAAAUCUACACUUGAGCCAUGUGACAGAUCCUGUGAUAACACUACCUGUCCCAGCAUGCAACAUUGGAGCAUGUGCAGAAACACGGUACUGUAAUUUUCAAGUAGAGGUACAUUGACUCUCAGAUGAUGUGUAUCACUGUUAGUGUAAGUUACGAUUCACAUACGUGUGCAGGUACAUUAAACAUCAAAAAGAAACACUAUUGUAAAUUGAUAUUUUUACACUUUGAAGAUUUCAUCUCAGCUGAUUUCUAGGAAGCAUUCAUCAAACCUUGCUUCAUCCAUGCCCAUUUAACAGACUUCUGCAUUUUUUGGGGCAUUCUUUAACAUAAAAUCCCAUAGGGAUUAUAGUGACUGAAGCUCAUCUGCCAUAAUGGCUCUGUAGAUCUUCACCAAACUAAGGACAGAAAAAAAGUGGAGACCAAAAUUUCAAGUCUUGUAAUGGAAAUGGUCGCUGACCAUUGACAGCGACUGCUACUAAAACUGUGAUGUUACACCCAAGUCUUUGUUCAUUUCUCUGUGAAUGGACAUCCGUCAGUUGUUAAGUGACAGUGUCAUGUGACAGGAAAUGCCAUUUGCUCUUCCUGUAUCGUUUUGGCACAGCACUGUGUGUAAACUCGGGCUGUUCUGUCAAAUUUAGACACUGUAUAUCUAUAUGCAAAGGCGACAAACACUUGUUAGCUGUGUUCCAUACAGACUCUAUUUUUCUAUUUGUAUUGUUUUAGUUCAGGUUUAUAAGGUCAAACGACUGUUGGCAAUAGAUGGCUGUUUUAGAUCAUUAUGUUUACAUACAAAGACCUUAUUCUUCAGACUGUAGAUGGACUGCAGUGCUCUGUAAAAUCUUAGGAGGUCUUUGUUUUCUCCCAUGUUUAUUGAAUGAGUUUUGGUUAACUGGAGUAACAGUCAGGCUGGAUGUAAUAUGGUUUAUCGUGUACCCAGUGCGGUUCUGUACAUGUCUGCCUUAAGAGUGGUCAGGGAGUCCAACGUUGACCAGUGAUCUGUUGUAAUUUACAACUCAUAUCGGCUCUGUCCAUCCCUUUAACCUGAUCCAACUGGAAAAUAUCUCCUCCUCUCUCAGGAUCCAUAAGCUGCCCUCUUAGUGACCUGGUCUAUUUCUCGAAAUUAUUUAUUCAUGUCAGAGCAAAAGCACUGCUACAGUCAGUUAACUUUAUUGUAUUAGUCGUUGCUUUCAUAAUAGCUCUAAAUGAAAACCUGAUGACUUUGCUCAGACAUAAAUAAUAACCAUAUUAAUAUGUAAAUGGAAAAGAUUCAUUUUAUGGAGUAAGUGUGAGAUGUUACACAUAAACAGAGACAUUAUUCAUUGCAGGAUUCCUUAGUGCUCUUUAGUGGUGUAAUUGUACAUAGGGGGAUUUUUAUAAAGCUUUGAACUGCUAAUAGCUAACAUGACCUGUUUCAUCUCCUCACAAUAAACGAUAAAAAGAAAAAACUGUAUACACCUUAAAAAGUUGAAUUACUCGUCAUCCAUUGUUCAGCUUUAAUAAGCAUAUGAUGCAUUUUGACCAUUCAUAUUACUAUAAGCUCUUUUGUCCCCCUGUUUUAGGUCAUUUACUGUUAGGGAUGUUUUUUAAUUCUCAUCUCAUUGCUGUGAUUACAAGAACUCCACCCACUUAAUGUUUUUGUCAAAGAAGUGGGAGGUUCUUUGGACUCUUGGUGUCUCACUCAGUUCUGGAUUACUGGGUGUUAUAUCUACACCAUGGAUCGUUUUAUAAUUUCUGUUUGUUUUGUAGUUGGGUGGAGGUGUUUUAAUUAAGUUUGUUCUUUUUAUUUUAAAAAGAUGAGUAAUAUACUUGUGAAACCAUCUUAUGUGCAUCUGUGUUGCGCAUUCAUAAAUCAAAGCAAAAUAUAUAGUCCAGCUGUUAUAUUUGAAGGUUUAUUUUUACGUGUAAUAUUGUGACUAUUUAUUUUAAUCUUCUUCUCUCCUUUUUUUAAAUGCAUUAAAGCAAAUUCAAAGCGAAUUUGCAAGAUUACAGAUUUGGUAACAUUAUUGGAGGGUACUGAGUUAAUAUUUUUUUAUUUGCCUUUUGUUUUGAUUGAUUCAUGAUCUUUUGUACAAAGCUGAUUUUAUUAUCCUUUUUUAUCGUAAGUUCUUUUUUUGUCUCUGUUUUCAUUAGCUUUAUGCAUGAGACAGCGGCUCCAAUGCCUUGAUUAUCUAUCUUUCAGUUUUAUUUGGGGAUGUUGUAUCAAUGAGUGUACAUUUAAUAAGUGUAAAUUAUGUUUUCAUUAUUUUAUAAAAAAUAUAUUAAAAAUAUUUCAUAAUGAUAGAA